UCGAGGUUCCUCGAAGCAGCUCCUUCCGGUUGAGGCUCCUGCACACGUGGUUCACGCAUCGUCCGGUUGACACCGUGACCGGUUGAAACACAUCCACCGUUCACCCGGUAAUCAUCUCCGUGACGUCUGCCCGGUGUAACAAUGUUUCACGCGGAUGAAAUCGCCGGUCUGUGCUACGGGCGUUUCAACCAGCUGCCCCGGAGAGGGAAGCCCGAGCCGGGCAGAGAGUGGACCCUGCUGGCCGCUGUGCUCCAACUCACCCGGUGCGCUGACUCUGACACAGUUGAAAAGAAGGUCGUUUCUUUGGGAACUGGGACUAAAUGUAUCGGACGCACCGCUAUGAGUCCAAAAGGUGAUGUCCUCAACGACAGCCAUGCGGAAGUCAUUGCCAGACGGGGAUGCAUCAGGUACCUGAUCCAGGAGCUGCACGGGGCCGUGAGCGCUGGAGACAGCUCCGUGUUCUGUCGGGCAGAUCAGCGAGGGAAAUGGAAGCUGAAGCCGGGAGUGUCCUUCCUCUUCUUUACCAGUCACACUCCCUGUGGUGACGCCUCCAUCAUCCCCAUGACUGACAGCGAGUCUCAGCCCUGCCCUCCUGUCACAUCUGUAAAGGGUGAUGGAGGCACUGAUGGAGAGCUGAAGAGGAAAGCUGAGGAACCAAGCGAAGGGAAAAACACUAAACUUCCCCGUCUGGAGGAGCAGGAGACAAAUUUAGAUGAUCCCAAACAAGCAUCAUCUAAAACUGAAGCUCCAUCACAGAGUCACUCUCCAGAAACACCUGACAGUGUUGGACUGCAUCCACAGUCUGUCCCAGACAUUCACAGAACCGGGGCCAAGUGUGUCCCGGGUGGUCCAGCUGACCCUCUGCACCCUGGCGUGGGGUACCACAGCACAGGGGUGCUCCGGGUGAAGCCCGGGCGAGGAGAGCCGACUCUUUCUCUCUCCUGCAGUGACAAGCUGGCCCGCUGGGCGGUGCUGGGCUUCCAGGGCGCGCUGCUGUCCCACUACCUAGAGGAGGCGCUCUACUUCAGCGCCGUGGUGGUCGGGAAGUGUCCGUACAACCGAGAGGCUAUGCACAGAGCUUUGGUCACGAGAUGCUCGCAGGUAUCGGACCUCCCUGCUGGUUUCUCUCCGUGUCCGCUCGAGGUGCUUCAGUCCAGCCUGGAGUUCCCCUUCAGCCAGGCCCAGACCGAGCUCCGACACCAGGCCGGACAGGGACGGAUCUCUCCCUGUGGGGCAGCCAUCAGCUGGUGUAAUGUGACCGAGCAGCCACUAGAUGUCACCGCUAACGGCUACAAGCACGGAGUCACCAGGAAGGCCCUCGGCACGGCCAAAGCCAGAUCUCUGCUGUGUAAACUGGAGCUCUUCACCUCCUUCCUGUCUCUGGUGUCGGCCACCGACCCCUCAGCACUCCCCGACUCUCUCAGUGGACCGGACCUGGCUGGGAUCAUGUUAUCUGCUAAAAUGUUGAUUAACAGAGGGACCACUGUUCUUCCUUUGGAGAGGACUGUCAGCUAUCAACAACACACACACACACAGGAGAACCGAGCUGCAGACCUACUUGGACUACAAACAGGCGUCUGAGUCGUACCAGCAGGCCUGGACGAAGCUCCGCGGUCAGGCCUUCCCUCUGUGGCCACGCAGUGACAGAGAUCUGCUGCUCUUCCACUGAACAAUAAGAAACACACUGACUCAUGUUCAGGUCACAUUUUUAAUAAAAGGACAAACACCUGUUGGGUCAGCUGGAUAAACAUCGUCACCCGGCUCUGUUACGCUGUUUUCAGGGCAGGUUAAUGACCGCUCACCGGUGUCCUCGGAUGACGGUUUUAUUUUCACAAUGUGCAUAACGUGUUGUGACUGCAGCUGCCCGGAGUUCACGCUCUGAAAACACAGCACGCAAGAUUUUGUGUUUGAUUCCCAGUUUGAGCGCUCUCUCCCAUUGUGGUGCGGUGCUGACCUAUAAACCUGAACCGGGGUGUGUGAAUAGACUCCAGUCCCGCUGGGAUUCUUAACUCGCUCCAAAAGACAAAGAAUCGGUUGAAUGUGGAUAAUUCUGCACAACAGUUAGGUCCUUUAUCAGAAGUCCAGACACCGAGUCGAUGCGGGGACUGAGCAGCGGUUGUGUUUUUUUGCAGAUUCAGCUGACAGUUAGCAGCAUGCAGCAGGUCACGCUGUUCUCAUUUGUCUGCAGUCCAGAUUUGUACUGUGUUGUAUAAGUUGCUUACAAGUUUCCCACAGGUCCUUGAAAUCCUUGAAAGUCAGUUUGAGGGAGGAAAGCGGGAUUGGCAUACAACUAAAUACUACAGCAGUAGGGAUGUAACGAUGCAUCGUGACACGAUUAAAAAUGAAUUGCGAUUCUUCGCGAAUGCGAGAGAAGUAGGAUAUGUUCUUUUU